UCACAACAUCACAAUGAAUCCAAUAGGAAUCGGAAGUCUGACAGAUAUGUUAGGGUGUUCUUCAUAUAAACGGCCCUCUGGAAACCUGAUGCGAAGGAGAAACACGUUUGUUGAUCGUAAAAAUUGUGAUCACACUAAUUUGCUACCAGAUGUAGGCCUACCAUUUUAUUUAAGAACGAAUAAUUACAGAAGGCAUAGCCUACCGGUUUUUCAAAAUUUAAAUUAUUUAGCAUUGUCAGAAAAUGUUAGUUCUCAAACUGAUAAAGAAAAUCUUAAAUCUGUAACGGUUUUACGUAAUUUCUUUCAUAUUCAAGACAGGGAAAGUGAUAUAACAUCAUAUUAUGGAAAACCAUUAUUGGAAAAACUUCCAAGUAAUCAUCGCUGCAAGACUGCGGGCUGUGAAAGAAUUACAAUAAAUAUCAGUGGUUUAAAAUUUGAAACACAACUUCGCACCUUAUGUAGAAUGCCAAAUACAUUGCUUGGAGACGCGAUGAAACGACAGAAAUAUUGGGAUGGAAAGAAAAAGGAAUAUUUUUUUGACAGACAUCGGCCAUCAUUUCAAUCUAUUCUCUACUAUUAUCAAAGUGGAGGAAGACUCAAAAAACCUCUCGAAGUACCAAUAGAUAUUUUUCUAAAUGAGGUUAAUUUUUUUGAAUUAGACGAGAAUGCCAUAAUUUCGCUUAAGAGAAGUGAAGGAUGCAUUAUAGAAAAUGAAUUACACGAUUUUGAUCGGGGCACUUUGAAAGGCAAAAUUUUUAAUACAGUUGAGUAUCCUGAAAGUUCACGGGUUGCUAAGUUGUACGCAAUACUCUCUGUAACAUUUAUUCUCAUAUCAAUAGUUACAUUUUGUGUUGAGACUUUGCCACAGUUCAAAGAAAGUUCCUGUAAAAAUGAGAGUUUUGUUAAUGAUCACGGAAACUUAACAGACAUCGCUGUAAUUGAUUGGGGUUCACCUUUAUUUUUAGUUGAGAGCUGUUGUGUAAUAUUUUUUGCCGUUGAACUUAUUGUUCGAUUUUCGACGUGCCCUUUUCAAUUAUUAUUUCUGAAGCACAUUUUGAACUGGAUAGAUAUGUUAUCCAUAGCUCCAUAUUUUGUCAUACUUGGAAUGAACAUUGAGCAUGGUGACUGUGGUGCAGAUCAUAAAGGUUCUGUGCUAAGUGCUCUAAGAGUUUUACGCGUCGCCAGAAUCUUAAAGCUGAGCAAACAUUCACAGGGGUUGAAAAUCUUAGGACAAACAUUGAAAACCAGUGUGGGCGAACUAAGCAUGUUUCUGCUUUUCCUCUGUAUAGCAACUGUGAUUUUUUCUGGUGCUAUUUACUAUGUUGAGCUGGGACAACCAGGAGGGAUGUUCGUCUCUAUUCCAGACGCUUUUUGGUGGUCAAUAGUAACUAUGACGACAGUUGGUUAUGGCGAUUACGUUCCAGUAGGUUUUCUUGGAAAACUUAUUGGAGGCUUAUGUGUUUUAUGCGGUGUUCUUGUAAUCGCCUUACCAGUUCCAGUCAUAGUGGCUAACUUCAAUAAUUAUUACAGACAUUCCAAAGGUACAGAUAAAUAUACAAGGCAUUCUAACUAGAUUCGAAUUUUUAAAAUUUAUUUUGUUUGUUUCCUUGUUUGCUAAUUUAUAUAUGUUACGGU